UCAGCUGUUCGAAUAAGUGCGAGGAUUUUGUGCAAGUUUUGUCUGAGUUUUCGGAAAAGUUCGAAUUAAGUAAAGCAGUGUCGUGAAGAAAAGAGUAAUUAUUGAUAAACGUUUAUUAAUACUUAAUAUAAUCGGCGAAUGUGCGAUUGUGCCUCUAUAUAAAACUUAUUUUCUUCGGCCUGUUAACACUGCUAAAAACAGGAUAUAGAUCUAGGAAAGAUAGAAGAGAUAACUUGAAUAUAAAUCAAUAACCGUCGAUAUAAAACAGUUAAUUCUUCGAAAAGUCAACAUGCUGCUGCAGCGGAACAAAUUAGGCAGCGUACGACCACCAAAGCGUUGCAGGAGCGACAUGGACAACACCUCCACCUCGGACAUUGUCAUCAUCAAUGGCAACUCGCAUCCGGAUCUGGCCAACAUGGUGGCCGAGCGUAUGGGCAUCAAGAAUGGGGGCUGCUCCGUGUUCCACAAGUCCAAUAGGGAGACUAUUGUGGAGAUCAGUGAUUCCGUUAGAGGCAAGGACAUCUACAUCAUCCAAACUGGCACUAAGGAUGCCAACAAUAAUAUCAUGGAGCUUCUGAUUAUGGCCUACGCCUGCAAGACUUCCUCGGCUCGUUCGAUCGUGGGAGUGAUUCCAUAUUUGCCCUAUUCCAAGCAGUGCAAGAUGCGCAAGCGCGGCUGCAUUGUGUCCAAGCUGCUGGCAAAGAUGAUGUGCACCUCUGGCCUGACGCACAUCAUCACUAUGGAUCUGCACCAGAAGGAAAUCCAGGGCUUCUUUGACAUACCCGUGGACAAUCUGAGGGCGUCGCCCUUUCUGCUCCAAUAUAUUCAGGAGAGCAUUCCCGACUAUCGAAACUCGGUGAUUGUGGCCCGCAACCCGGGUGUGGCCAAGAAGGCGAACUCUUACGCCGAGCGACUGCGUCUUGGCCUGGCCGUCAUCCAUGGCGAACAGAAGGAAACGGAUGCCGAUGAGGUCGACGGUCGGUACUCCCCUCCACCGACCAGUGCGUAUAGCAAUUUAUUAGGAAAUUCAGUUGAAAUGUGCUUACCAGCGACGCCUAGAAACUCUACUCCACAACACGCCCCAACCAGCAGCGCCCGCCAGCGAACCACCUCGGUUUCGGUGGGUGUUCCGGAGCACAUUGUCAAGGUCAAGCCACCGCUGACCAUUGUGGGAGAUGUCAGUGGACGCAUCGCCAUCAUGGUGGAUGACCUGAUCGACGAUGUACAGGCCUUCGUGGCCGCCGCUGAGAUGCUGAAGGAGAACGGUGCCUGCAAGAUAUACGUGCUGGCCACGCAUGGUCUGCUUAGCUCAGAUGCACCGCGUCAGCUGGAUGAGUCGCCCAUCGAUGAGAUCGUUGUAACCAAUACCAUUCCACACGAGAUCCAAAAGCUGCAGUGCCAUAAGAUCAAGACGAUCGACAUCUCCAUUUUGAUCGCUGAGGCCAUCCGCCGCAUCCACAACAAGGAGUCCAUGUCCUAUCUGUUCCGCAACGUAACGCUGGAGGACUAGGGGACCCACCCACUCAUAUAUCCACUCACAAGUCACAAAAAUAGUGUUGCAACCGACCCGUUUUGGGUCGUUUUUUGUUUGUUUAUCGCUUUUAAACAUCAAUUCAACGCGCGCCCAACGCUCGUUUGCUCAAAUAAAAUUGAUUGAUCCCAUAUAAUGUAGCACACUUUUAGGCCUCACACAUACUCCACACUGUCCUACAUGUUGUGCGUUCGUCUAAGGCUAGCCACUUCCUUCUAGUUCGUAAGUCAAAGCUCCCACAACUUUGUCCAAAUAAAGCAGAUUGUACUGAA